AUGGGCGUAUACAUACCAUCCAUCGAUACUCACCCAAACGACGAACGCAUUUUCCUGGGCGAGGACGACGAGGGCCGUCUCCUUCUUCGCCCGAAUUUGACCGUCGACUAUGGGCACCAUAAAAAAAUUGGUCUCACUUCUGCUCAGUGUGUCUCCAUGGCGUUGACCGAAGUGUGCAGCCAAAUGAAAGCUGGCAAGGUCUAUGAUUUUGGAGGAAAUCGUACGAGGCAGACCAAGCUGACGGCGAGACUGAACAAUGGCUUUGCACACCGCCAAUCGGUAUGGGGUGACUGGUCUCCAGAUCGAAGAAGAGUGGAUUCUAAUGUUCGAACAGAUCGCCUUAACUAUCUGAAUGCGCUUGGCACUGGCAGUCGACUUCGACGUGAUAACAUCGUAAUGCCUAUAGCAUUGGAAUACAAUGCUGUUGAAAUGGUAGGUGUCUACCUACUUUGGUUCAAGGUCAAUCUGACAUCAACACAGGCUCACGUUAAGGUCGGGUAUCAAAAGCUGGCAAUAUCUGGUCGUUACGCCAUGCUUGUUGUAACGCCGAGGGUUUAUGUUGGGUGGAACGACAGAUUUGCAGAGAUUGCGGAGGCAGAGGGAAGUAUCCAGAUAACGAACCUACAAAAGCCAUGCGCCGCUGAAGCUGUCCUCUACUUGAAGCGCAUGUUUCACGAGGGACAUCACGAAGGACUUGCGUUCUUUGCCGAUAUAAGUGAGGCAAUCUCCAAUGCUCAAGAAGACGGGCAAGGGAGAAAUGCAGGCAUAAAGGGGAAAGACAGGGGCGCUAAGGUGAAAGGUAGAAGCGAAAAGGGGGGAAAUGUGGGUAAAAAGCGGACAGGUGUAAGCAAAAGAAAAAGUAUGAGCAAGCCAGGAGAGAUGCAGACAACGAAAUGA